GGCACACAUGCGCAUGAUCACUGAAGUACUGACAUGGAACAUAGAAUAACGACGCUCCUCAAUUGGUGCACAACCAUCAACAUCGAGAUUGACGAAAAGCUCCAAAUUGUCCCCGAUGCAGCAGGGCUUACUGUUUAUUCUGGCGCGACUCCGAUUGAACCAUUGCAAACAUUGGUCAAAAUACCCAAAACAGCUGUUUUAUCUGCGAAAUCAUGCUCUGCAUCUCAAUUCAUCGAAAGCAGCCCGUAUGGAUUGGAGGCUCAACUUGCUCUCUCUUUGGCGCUCUUGGUAGAAAUAGAACGAAGGACGAGCUCGCGAUGGUAUGGGUAUCUCCAGUCACUUCCGGACACUGUGGUCAGUCUUCCGGUCUUCUGGGGCCUUGAAUUCGAGGAGGGAACGCUCGAAGAUGUCGAAGAUGGCAAAGAUGCUCUCAAAUGGCUCAAGGGAACGGAGGUAGAAAAGCUGCUCGUUGGAUCUGAUGGAACUCCUCUCAUCGAUUCCUUAAGCAAAUAUUUUCAUGAAACUGUGACGCCAACUAUGGCUCGUCUCUCUUCCGAAUCCUUGCCAUCUUUUCAUCACUUUUGUCGUGCCUACUCCCUUGUAUCAUCAAGAGCGUUUUUGGUCGACGCCUAUCAUGGCCUAUCAAUGGUUCCUAUUGCUGAUGCGUUUAACCAUACGGAUGAUUAUCAUGUUCAUUUAGAAACAGAGUACGAAGUCUGUCCGGAAUGCGGCUCUUUACAACAGUGUCUUCACGAUCGAGAUAUCGAACCCACACUCGGCCACCCCACUUCCGGCUUCCAACAAAUCGAAAAGGACAAUACAUAUGACAUGGUAUCAAACGCAGCUAUCACCCCUCAUUCCGAGGUAUUCAAUACAUACGGCGAAACCCUAAGCAAUGCCCAGUUGCUGACCCGAUACGGUUUCAUAUUAGACGUGAAUGAGAACGAUAACGUUUCCUGGGAACUUGAGAGUUUGAUCCACUUUCUCGAGGAGUCGAAACCCUCGAAAUCAAGGGGAUCAUGUACGCCUCUUGAAUUACCUUGGAAUACACUCGUCGAAUCUUUCGACGUGGAUGUAUUUUCCAAUUCAGAACUUAUUUUUGAGCCCGCUGAGGCAGCCUAUUGCAUUAAUUGCGAAGGGAAGGUAUCCUGGCAGUUUUGGCUCGUAGUGGUCUUUCACCAAUGUGCAUCAUUGGUACCUGCAGAGGAGAUUCUCUCUAUAUCGAUGGAGUUAGGAAUGUAUCAGACUUCGAGGGAAAUACAGAAUCUUGGGGCAAGUGUUACCAUUGGAGCAACUACUCGUCACAACUAUUUGUUGCCUUCGCUUGCGCAAAAAACGGCAUGUAUGAUCAGGGACCUUUGCCAGCAACGCAAGACUUACUUAGGGGAUGGUAGAGAUCAGGAGGGCCUUGGAAAUUUGGUCGAUGAAUUAGACUCAUCUCAAUCCAGAACAAAGCUGGCGCUGUUACAAGUAAUGACAGAGAUCUCGAUACUGAACAGCUGUGAGUCAGCUUGGCAAGAGGAGGAAUAAUGA